CUUAGCAAAGGCUAACUGCAAAGAAUAUUAACCUGUGCUUAGCUCGUAUUCGUUACAUUCAGUGAAUUAGUGGUUUCAUUAAAAUUUCAUCAAACGAUGGGGUUGGAUACGUGCAUGUGUCAGUUUCUCACGCAUUUUCUGUGCUUGGGCAAGCAUUUCCAAAGAGACCUCAACGCCGAUCAAUCUCGUCGACGCGACUCCGACUCGUAUUAUCGAAAUCUGUCCCAACACAGGAAACACGGUGUUCUUGGCGAGGUGGACGUUUCCUCCGAUCCACGGAUCGUCGAGCACAAGAAAGGCGCAAAAACGCAGGAGCUGAUCAGAAACGCGAUUCAGAACAACAAGUUCCUCUGUGACUUCGAAGCAUUGCGAAUAGAGAAGCUCAUCUCGGCGAUGUAUCCGCAAGACGUGAAAUUCGACACGCGAGUCAUCCACGAAGGUGAAACCGGAUGCCAUCUGUACGUCGUAGAGGAGGGAACGUUCGACAUUUACGUGGGCAAAACGUAUCAAGGAAGUUUUGGGUCCGGUGUCGCUUUCGGGGAGUUUGCUUUGUUGUACAAUACGAAAAGAUUGUGUUCCGUCGAUGCAACCUCAAAUGGGAAGGUUUGGGUGCUGGACAGGAACACGUUCCAGGUGAUAAUGAUGAAAACUAACGAGGAAAUGUUGGAGUAUAAUUUGAAAAUUCUUCGUCGAAUUGAAAUAUUCAAGGAUUUUCCGGAAGAGGUUCUCGUGAAAAUAUGCGAUCUGAUAAUGGUGGAAUUUUACCCGGCGAAUUCGUACGUGAUUCGAGAGGAGGACGAAGGGAAUAAGUUCUAUAUUAUAAACGGUGGCAGAGUAAAGGUCACGAAAAAUAAGUCGAACGGUAUAGAAGAGGAGCUGACGGUCCUCGAAAAGGGUGAAUACUUCGGUGAAAAAGCACUGUACAACUCUGACAAACCUCGUCGACAGGUGAACGUUGUUGCGAUGCCACCUGGCGUAGAGUGUUAUACGAUCAAGAAAACAGAUUUUUUGAACUAUCUUGGCGAACUGAAUUUGAUCAAGAACAAGAAUUGGCAGCAGUAUCAGAAAAAGAACGAACCGGAUAAUUGGGACGAUGAGUUCAAGAAACUAUCCUUAUCUGAUAUCGAGUGUGAAGGAACAAUUGGGACCGGUUGUUAUGGCAGAGUGGAAUUAGUCACUAUAAAAUCGAUGCCUAACGUCAGUUUUGCCAGAAAGAAGGUGACGAAGUACAUGAUCACGAGAGGUGGUUUGCAAAAAAUGAUAUUCAAUGAGAAGAAUAAUUUGAAACUGUGUAAUUCACCGUUCAUCUGCAGACUGUACAGGACCUUCAAAGAUAAAAGAUAUCUUUACUUCUUAAUGGAGGUAUGUUUGGGUGGAGAUUUAAGAACGGCCUUACAUAGACAUGGUAAAUUUGACAAUUCCACGAGUCGGUUCAUCGUCGCUUGUAUCGUAGAAGGCCUUCAGCAUAUUCAUUCGUUGGGUAUCAUCUACAGAGACCUAAAACCAGAGAAUGUCGUAAUCGAUAGUCGAGGCUAUGUUAAGCUUACUGAUUUCGGGUUCACUAAACUUAUCGGUCCUUACAAGACACAUACUUUUGUGGGUACGCCAGAAUAUUUGGCUCCAGAAAUGAUUCAAAGUAAACAUUAUAAUCAGACUACCGAUUAUUGGGCACUUGGAAUUAUUACGUAUGAAGUAUUAACGGAUCGAACACCUUUUCAAGACAUAAAUGACAUAGAGAUAUGUACCAAGAUUGUUCGUGGAUUCGAUGAUACAUACCUGCCACCUGCUUUAAAAAGCUCAGCAAAAAAUUUUAUCAAGUCCUUACUGCAAAAUAAUCCAAUCGAAAGACUCGGUUAUUUGCAACAAGAUUUUCAGGAUAUUUAUAAUCAUAAAUGGUUCCAUCAUUUCAAUUGGCAAGAAUUACGAACUCAAACAAUGGCAUCCCCUAUUGUACCAACGGUAAAGAGUCAUCUUGAUAUGAGAAAUUUUGAUAAAUAUCCUCCUAAUUACGACCCGAUAUCGGUAGAUCUUUCUGACUGGGACACAAAUUUCUGACGAUCUUUAUUUUAUAAUUGAUUGUGUAUAUGCACAUACACUAUGUUAAA